AACAGGCGGAAGGAGAACAUCGAUCGGUCGUGGCUGUUUCCACAGCCGGACCGAAUAGCGGCGCGGCCGGGAAAUGGGGAGAAAAGGCAAGUGGUUCGACACCGUGCAGAGGAUCCUGAUCACCUCUGAACCUGAUCCCGUGGAGACGCAGAACGAUGAUGCCGCCAAGGACUGGAAGCUCGAUCAUCACGAGAAGGCUGCGAAGCUGAGAGACAAUAAGUCGGCCAUCAGGAGGAUAUGGCAGUUCGGCAAAUCAAACUCGUCCGGUGCUUCCGCCUCCGCGACGGCGCCGGAGGACGCGGAGGUUCUUCAGUUUCCGAAGUCGCCAAGGUCGGACAACGAGUACCAUGUCGUCCAGGACCUCACCGAGGAGGUGCCGUUCAUGGAGACGAGAGGCGAGGAAGAAGAAGAAGAAGACGGCGAGCGCAUGAACCCUGGGGAUGAGGUGGCCGCGUCACCAGAUUCCAAGGCCGACGCCGCGCCCAUGACAGCGUGGUCCGCGCGUUCAAAGGAGGACAUUGCCGCCACCAGGAUCCAGGCGGCUUGCAGGGGCCAUCUGGCGAGGAGAGGGCAACAGGAGAGAGGGAUGGCUAGGCUGAUGUCGCUGGUUGACGAGGGGUUCGCCGUCAGGCGCCAGACCCAGGAAGCGUUGUACUGCAUGCAGAUGAUGACGAGGAUCCAGACUCAGCUGUACACGAGACGGCUCAAGACCGAGAAGGACAAGAAGGUUCUCAAGAGUCAGACCAAGGCCGUUAAUAAACAUAGCCUGGACAAAGCAAAGAUUGGUGAAGGCUGGGACCAUAGCCUGCAGUCCAAGGAGCAGAUGGAAACGGUGCAGAAGAUGAAGCAGGAAGCUGCUACAAGGCGGCAAAGGGCCUUGUCAUACGCAUUCUCUCAACAGUGGAGGAACAGGAACACCUCUUCUGCGCGAGCUGCGCAUGGGCCUGCUCCCAUGUACAUGGAACCUGGCAACCCGAACUGGGGCUGGUGCUGGGCGGAGCGCUGGAUGGCGGCUACGAGGCCGUGGGAGAACCAGACCAUGCCACCGCCGGACACUGGCCGCGCAGCAUCCAAAAGCGCUAGCACCCGACUGCCUCGAGUCGCCGUGUCGGUCCAGAUACCCACGGCCACCACUACUCCAAAGGGCAAGCCGUUCCGCCCACCGAACUGGUCGUCGUCGUCGUCGCUGUCGUCCCCGUCGACGCCCCCGCCACGGAGGACGGCCACGCUCGCCAGCCCGAGGAGCGGCCCGCUCCACGCCACGAGCGGCCUCCAGCACAGCAAGAGCCUGCAGCCAGACCACCGCCGCCCGCGGAGCAGCCAGGAACUCUCGGCAAACAGCCCGCGCCGCGCCGCCGUGCCGGCGAGUCCCAGGUGCGCCAGCGGGAGCAGCAGCCCGCUCCACCCUUCCAGCGGCGCCGGCGCGCAGCACGCGACGACGACGGCGACCAUGCGGCUCGAGCGCCGCCCGCGGAGCAGCCAGGACCGCGGGAUGAGCAGCCCACGCCUGCUGGGCGCCAAGGACGCCCCGCUGCGGCGCACCGCGAGCCUACGGUCUGAGCUCCCGAUAAGGCUGAGCCUAGGAAGCGCCGUCGCGGCCGCGGCCGUGGGAGACGACGAGGGCGCGCCGGUGACGCCCAGCUACAUUCAUCCAGCUAAAAAGUCCGUGAGGGCCAAGGUUAGAUGCCCCAGCCCGUCGGCGGCAGCGGCCACUCCUGACAUGUUUGACGCUCUCGAGAGCAGCCCAGCACCUCCUCUACAAGUGCCUCCCUCGCCAUCGUCAGCCAAGAAGCGUUUGUCCCAGGCGUUCGCGGACAAGCCGAGUGCCUCAUCGCCGAGCAAGGUGGCGUUGGAGAGGGUAAGGCGGCACUCGCAGCUAAUUUCCAGUCCCAGGAUGUCGCUGUCCUGAGUCAAAGAAGGAGAUGGAACGCAAAGUGUUGUAAUUAUACGAUACGUCGGGUGACACUUUUGUUUUCCUUUUGCGUGUGUAUGUUUUACUUGUU